AUGUUCCAAACUCAAGGUUAUUUUGAUCUCCCUCCAAAUCAUGAAGACCGUGAUAGGUUGUUCAAAAUCCGUCAGAUUAUUGAGUUACUAAAAGCUAAAUUUUCUUCUGUGCCUUUUGAUGAAUGUCUAGCACUGGACGAACAGUUGUGCCCAACAAAGGCGCUGAAAGGUUACGCCUACAAUUUUGAAAUUUACAAGGGUAACGAAAACAAUUCUGUAGAACGUCAGAAAAUGUUUGAACCAGACCUAGGUGCAACAGGUAAUGUCGAAGUAAGAGUUUCAAGAGUAAUACCGAGAAAUGAAAACCAUAAACUUUACUUUGACAAUUAUUACACGUCAAUUCCGGUUAUGGUGUAUUUAGAAAAAUUAGGAAUACACACAGUAGGGACGUUUAGAAGGAAUAAAUUUCCUGAUAUAGCGCUUAUACCUGAGAAAGAGAUGCUAAAAAGACCUCGAGAAACAUUUGACGAAUGUUUUACAGUAGUUUAUGGUGUGCCAAUUACAACAGUAUCGUGGAAAGACAAUAAAAUUGUAAAUAUCACCUCCACUUUUAUUGGCGCCCUCGAACCAACCAAAGUACGUCGAUACGAUAAAAAACAAAAACAAAAUAUAGAAAUUGAAAGGCCAAAAAUUAUCGAAGUAUAUAAUAAGCACAUGGGAGGUGUUGAUCUGAUGGAUUCAUUGAUAGGGCGAUAUGACAGUCGUAAAUUCAUGGAUUAUGUACAAAAAAUCAUCGGCAACAAAAUGCCAUUAGCAAAAUUUAGAGAAAAUGUAUCUGUUACACAAAGUGGAAUCGCCAAACGCGGAAUAGGCGGAUGCUCAAAUUUGUUUGAAGAGCAAGAAAUUAAAAAAAAACGAUCACAAACACCAUCUGCGCCAUUAAAGCAUAAUUUUUUUAUUGUAACUUAG